GGCUGCAGACUGCUCACCCAGGCUGUAGGCUGCUUUUCCUUGCUGCAGACAUGCUGUGGAUCUGGGCUGUCCUGCCUCUGGUGCUUGCUGGCUCACAGUUAAGUGUUCAUACUCAAGAUACUGAUAGCAUCUCUGAGGGUUUAAAGUUGAGGAGGAGGGUUCGUGAAACUGACAACUGCACAGAAGGAUUAUAUCGAGGGGGCCCAUUUUGCUGUCAACCAUGCCAACCUGGUAGGUCACAUGAAGCAUCCAGAGAUGAGCGUGAGAAGCAGGGUGAGGGAUUGAGAUGCCCUAUAUGUAAGAGUGUGUUGGACAGCUAUUGGCUGUGCUAUAGGGUAGAGCAUUACAAAGAAGUGGGACUUGCAGAGUACCUUCCUGCACCAAAGAGACCAGCCUGUAAGGAUGUAGGGAUGAAGGCCCCAUACAGGCUUAUCAUGAAGCAUGAUGAUGAUGAUGAUGAUGAUGACGUCGAGGACAAUGAUGGCGAUGGUUUACAAGUGGAAACAAACUGCACCCCGACCCAGGAUACCAAGUGCAAGUGCAAACCAGACUUCUACUGUGAUUCUUCUGGCUGCGAACACUGUGUUCGCUGCGCCUCGUGUGAACAUGGAACGCUUGAGCCAUGUACAGCAACCAGCAAUACCAAAUGCAGGGAACAAAGUUCCAGAAAUCACCUAUGGUUUUUGACCAUCCUUGUUUUGCCAGUACUACUUGCAUUUAUAUAUCUUUAUAUAAAGUACCAGAAAAGACAUCGUGAUGAUCCUGAAUCUAGAAUCCCAAGUCACGAAACCAUACCAAUGAAUGUCUCAAAUCUUAGCUUGAGUAAAUACAUCCCAAGGAUUGCCGAAGAAAUGAAAAUCCAUGAAGUUAGAAAAUUUGCUCGAGAAAAUAAGAUCAAGGAAAGCAGGAUAGAUGAGAUCAAGCAUGACAGCAUCCAUGACACAGCUGAGCAGAAAAUCCAACUGCUCCAAUGCUGGUACCAAUCUCACGGGAAGAGUGGUGCAUAUCAAGAUUUAAUCAAGGGUCUCAAAAAAGCCAAAUGUCGCAAAGUUGUAGAUAAAUUUCAGGCCAUGGUCCAGAAGGACCUUGAAAACUCAACCUCAGACAUCGGAAAUGAAAAUGAAGGACAACUUCUGGAGUGAAAACUACCUCAGUUCCAGCCAUGAAGGGAGGAGAGAGCCUGCCACCCAUGAUGGACACAACAUGAAUGCCAACUGGACAUGAUGGACACUGGCAACUCCUGGUGUAUUCUCUUUGCCAGCAAAUGGCAGUUGAUACUCAGUGAGGGUAAAAUGACCAGCAGGUUCCAGGAACUGCUUCUGUUAUUCUCUGCAGGUGCUGAGAUGAACCAUUUUCUCUGUCUACUGCUAUUUUUACAUUCAAACGUCUAUGAAAUUUGUAUUAAAUGUGAACUGGAAUCUGCAGUGUUUGUAUUUAUAUUCAUAUACUUUGAACUGAGGAGAAGUAUAAACUGAAACAAAUACUCGCAGUUACUUGAAGACCUUCCAUUGAUGGACAGUU